AAGACAGGGCUAAUUGGAGAUUGCUGGGAGAGGCCUUCGUUCUGCAGUGAACAUAAAAAUAGGCUGAUGAUGAUGAUGAAAAGGGAAUAUGAAGCACCCAAACAGUGCUGACAAUUCAUUGAAUGACGAAGACAUUGAAGGUGUCAAGGGCUUAAAACGAAUGCGGUUGGGAGAGAUGGAUCAACCUUACAGCGCUUUACUCCAAUCCUUCAAGGAAAGCAUAUUUGCAAGACUUGAAACAUUGGAAGGUCGCCUGGAUGCUUUGACUGAUCAAUGCCAAACACUGGAAGACAAGAUUGAAGUGCUUUCAACAGCUGUAAAAGAGCAUGUAUCACCAGCCUCCUCUGGUCUUGGCAGGUACGUCCGUUCUUCUGCUAUUGUCUCCUUGGAUGAAGAACCAGUAGCAGCUUUUGCUGCAGGGUCAAGUGUGACUCUCAUAACUCUCAACACUGAAGCGGAUUAUCCGCAUGGUUCUUGGCUUGGGGAUGAGAACAAUCCGGAGAUGAGAGUACGCUGCCCUGUCAAUCCAACCACAUUGUUCCACAUCAACAACACCUGCAGUACACCUGAGAAGAUGGCUCUGACCUUGCUUGACCACCUCUUUGACAGAGAGACACAGGCUCGCUCCAACAUUUCAGGCUCAGGCAAACACAAAAAGCAGCAGUUGGACCCUUUGAUGAUCUAUGGAAUUCGAUGUCAUCUGACACAUUUAUUUGAUGUGACCAAUGCUGACUGGGACAGAAUCAAGCUGAAUAUAGACUCAAAAUGCCGUACAGCAUUUCGGCGCAAGAAAAGGGGCCUGCCUUUGAAUCCAAAGGUAUCCAGUUCAGCCGCAACAGGGUCAUCUGUCCUGAAAACAGGGGCUGUCCAGAAUGAGCCAGAUGUGUCGGACGACAGCAUGAACAGCAUCGAGCUAGUUCCACAAGCCUCGGAGUUUUGCACUUUCUCUCUGCAAACAAUUGAGGAUGGAAACAAUGAGGAAGCUGAGCUAGCAGCAGCUGCUGCGGUGUCUGAGGGGCAGGUAUUCUGCACACAGCAUGGUGACUUUCAAGUUGUUCACGCUACUGCUGAGCAACUUGCCCAGAUCCAGCAAACCCACCAAAUUCAGAUUUUAAAUGGAAACCAUAUUCUGGCAGCAGCUGUAGAUAGGGCCUCUGAUGAUAAUCCAACUGUUACCGUAAUCCCUUAAGGGGGGACGCGGCUUUCGCAUCGCAAAAAAUGUCUAAAAAAUUGAUUUUUUGAAAGUCAAGUUUUCAGUUUCUAUAACUCUUAUUCUAUCUGAUUCCGAAAUAUCAUCACUGAAAACCAAUUAGAAGUGCUCUAAAAAAAUUGUUGUAUCAGCCAAGGUGCCGAAAAACUUCGCGGAAAUUGCGAAAGAACGGCGUUUUUCAAGCCACGAUAUCUCCGGAACGGCGCAGCCGAGCGCCACCAUCUUGGUCUCGUUGGAAAGCGCAUUUCUCCGUCUUCAAAUUUGCCGCUUCAGCUAUCUCCUCCAUACAGAAACAAGCACACAAAAUGCAAAUGAUUGAAGGUCGUGCCGGAGCCACCGAUUGGCCGCGCCCGCCGCGUGACUCCAGCGCGGUUCGCCAUUGGUCCGGUGCUCGCUCCGUGAUGGCGUCGUCUGCUCCGCUUGUUGCGGUCUCCUCGCGAGCUCCGGACAGUUUCCGUAAUCUCGACGAGUGUUAAAGCGGGCGCUACGCGGACAUCGCAGUAGCGUGGCCGAUCCCGCUGUUUGUGGGCGUCUCAGACCCACGGCGAGGCAUUCCGAGCAUCGGCGACCCGGACUUCCCGACCAAGCUUCGGGCACGGAAUCCUCGGACACGCGGCUAAGCCUUUCGCGCGUAGGCGUCUCCGACUCGGCGAUCAAGCACAUUGUGCCCGGACUUCUCGCAUCCUUGCCGAAGCAUUUUCUCGCAUCCUUGCCGAAGCAUUUCGUGCAUCGGCGCCUCCGACUGCGCAACAAAGCACAUCGAGCGUCGACUCCUCGAGCCCGCGGCUACGCAUUUCACGCAUCGGCACAUCGCUCAUCGAGUGUCGACUCCUCGGACCCGCGGAUAGGCACUUCGCGCAUCGGCAUCGCGAGCGUCGACUCCCCGAGCCCGUGGCUAGGCAUUUCGCGUGUUGGCACCUCGGACUGCGCGGCUAAGCUAAUCAAGCAUCGACUCCUCGAGCCCGCGGCUAGGCACUUUGCGGGUCGUCACAUCGCUCAUCGAGUGUCGACUCCUCGGACCCGUGGCUAGGCACUUCGCGCAUUGGCACCUCGAGCGUUGGCACCUCGGACUGCGCGAUUGAGCUGACCGAGCGUCUAUUCUUUGGACCCGCGACCAGGAAUUUCGCACAUCGGCACCUCAGACCCGCGACUUAGCGCAUCGCGCGCCGACUCUAUUACCGAAUUGCCACGAUAUCUCGUACCAAUACCUAUCAUACCACCCCUUCAUAAAGAGAACCUCAUCAUGAGCUCUGUUCACUAGGCCACUUGGGCUGGCACAGACACCUGGCUGCAGAAGUGAGGCAUCAUACAAAAGUACAGGCUGGAAAGCAGCUGCAUUGCUGCCUAUCUAUCAGUGGCUCUCCUAACAUCCAUAGCCAUUGUCAAUGGAAGAUGAUCAGAACACUGCUGAGAGCCUUCAUUCAGUAACAUGGUCGAUUCUACCAAAAGAAAACAAUGCCUCACUGACUGUACUAGAAGACUGCUAUCAAUGAGGCAGUCUGCAGGUACAAUGCUAGAACUACUGUAUAUUUAUGCCCACAUAGUUCUGCACGUCAUUUGGUUUGAAAACCCAGGCACCAUGCUCUCUGUAGAGCAGCAGUAAAGAAUGCCAUACAAACAUGAAAAAGGCAGAACGAAGGCACAGCAGACCAGAGGCCACAUGUCCAAGAAGCCCCACAUCACAGAACACAUCAAAGAUUACAAAUUUGGUGCGUUUUAGAGAACUGAAGAGAUGGUGAAACUUUGAGAGCCGUUUUCUCAAAACUGUUUUUUCGCCUUUCUGCUCAGUUUCUGGAGCUGAUUUCUUCGUUACCGUUUAGCCUAUUUUGAUUCUGUUUUUUUUUUUUGUCACGUUCCUUGGAUUACAGUGCAGGUCGAGACAGUCUUGUAUCUUUAUCUUGACUUUUUAUAAAUAUAUGGUGUCGCUAUUUGUUCACCCCGAAAGUGUGCUUGGUGUGAAGGUAACUUGAAAAAUGACUAUCUAAAAAAUUUGUGUUGCGAAAAAAAAAAAGUAAGACUGUCACGACCUCCAGCAGGCAUUGAGCUAUGCAGCCAAUACUCAACGAGCCUUCCAUCAUGUUUUUUAAGCUUCCCAGGCCCUCCACAAGUUCAAGAGAGAAAAAUUCUGCUUAAUAAAAUGUUCUCAAGGUAUCACUCUGAAACUUUUAUGGAAGUAUCAGGGAGACAUUCUAAACAUUUGUGCCAAUUUUCAUCAAAAUCCAUGAAGAAAUCAGGAAGUUGAUUUUCAAAGCCACGUCCCCCCUUAAAGUAGCUGUAAACGUUGCUUGGAUGGCUAAUAAACAUGUUAUUUAUUAGUGCUGUGCACUAGUUUUUGCUUGCCGUUAGAGGAAAGCACUUUGUUUUUGAGACAGACAUUCUAUAAAUUACAAACAUGCUUUUGGGUUGGCCUUUCCCUUAGUUGGUUGGCCUGUCAUCACAAAAUGGUGCUUAUCGUAAAAAAAGAAUGUCUGUGCUGCGUUUAGAACUUAUGACUUCUUGUUUUCUAGCCAGGUCUUUGAACCACUGUACCACAGCAGUUCCAGUGAAGUAAUGGAAUAGUAGGAGCAUGUAAUUCAGCUUGAUGCAUUUGCCUUUAUUGAUAAGUGUUGCCUACA